AUGGAUGAUCACUGUGUGUUGCUACUUGUCUAUGUGGAUGACGUCAUUGGGAUAGGCAGCUCGACGGAACUUACUGUCCACACAAAUAGUGAUCUCAAGACGCGCUUCGAGAUGACCGACAGUGGCAAGUGUACAUUUGUGCUAGGCAUCGAUCUGAUCGACAACACUGAUGGCAGCGUGACUGUUUGUCAGAAGCGCUACGUGGACGACAUCCUCAAGCAAUUUGAAAUGGAUGAUUGCAAGGCUGUGGUGUGUCCGAUGGACGCUAGCUCUCGACCUGUGCCAAGCAGUCUGUCGACAAAAGUGGACGCUCCUUUUGCGUGA